AGGGCGCGGCGUGGGCGCGGCGUGGGCGGGGCGGGCGGGCGAGCACUCCGUUCGGGGUCUGGCGUUUAUAGGUCUACGCUGGCCGGCCAGUGGCGGCUGCAGUGUUCGGGGUCGAGAUGUCAGGGCAGCAGGCGGGUGCAGAGCAGCGGCGCGAGGAGUCGAGCGCGCCGACCUCGUCGCCCUCUCGCUUCGUGCUGGGGCUGGACGUGGGCAGCACGGUGAUCCGCUGCCACGUCUAUGACCGGACGGCGCGGGUGCGAGGCUCCAGCGCGCAGAAGGUAGAAAAUGUUUACCCUCAACCUGGCUGGGUUGAAAUCGAUCCUGAUGCUCUCUGGGCUCAGUUUGUUGCUGUAAUAAAAGAUGCUGUCAAAGCUGCAGGGGUGCAGAUGAAUCAAAUUGUUGGUCUCGGCAUAUCAACACAGAGAGCCACUUUCAUUACAUGGAACAAGAAAACAGGCCAUCAUUUUCACAACUUCAUCAGUUGGCAAGACCUAAGGGCAGCUGAACUUGUAAAGUCCUGGAAUAAUUCUCUUAUAAUGAAGCUAUUGCACGGGGCCACCAAACUCCUACAUUUUUUCAGUAGAAAUAAAGUGAUGUUAACGGUCAGCCGCUUCACUUUCACCACCCAGCAUGUCACCUUAAGGUUGGUCUGGAUUUUACAAAACCUGCCUGAGGUGAAAAAGGCAGUUGAAGAAGACAAUUGUUGCUUUGGGACUAUUGAUACCUGGCUGUUGUACAAGCUUACAAAAGGUUCUUCCUAUGCCACGGAUUAUUCAAAUGCCAGCACAACUGGAUUCUUUGAUCCCUAUGCGAUGCGCUGGAGCAAGCUUAUAGCCACCAUGGUCUCCAUCCCGUUCUCUAUCCUGCCUCCUGUGAGGGACACCAGCUAUAAUUUUGGAUCAGUGGAUGAAGAGAUAUUUGGCGUGCCUAUACCAGUUGUUGCCUUGGUUGGUGACCAGCAGUCAGCCAUGUUUGGAGAGUGCUGCUUCGAGACAGGAGAUGUGAAGUUAACCAUGGGAACUGGGACAUUUUUGGAUAUCAAUACCGGAAAAACCCCUCAGCAUGUUAACGGAGGCUUUUACCCGCUGAUCGGAUGGAAGAUUGGGCACGAACUUGUAUGUUUAGCUGAAGGAAAUGCAGGAGACACCGGCACCGCUAUAGUAUGGGCUCAGAAGUUAGACCUCUUCACAGAUGCUGCUGAGACUGAGAAAAUGGCCCUGAGCCUGGAAGAUUCUGAAGGGGUUUAUUUUGUCCCGUCUUUUAGUGGACUACAGGCUCCAUUAAAUGACCCGUGUGCCUGUGCCUCUUUUAUGGGUUUGAAGCAUUCCACUAGUAAAUACCAUCUCGUCCGAGCAAUAUUGGAGUCAAUAGCUUUCAGGAACAAACAAUUAUAUGAUAUGCUGCAGAGAGAAAUCCAGAUCCCGGUCACGAAUAUCCGGGCAGAUGGAGGUGUCUGCAACAAUGCUUUUGUCAUGCAGAUGACUUCAGACCUGAUUAAUGAGAAGAUAGACAGACCUGCCCACUUCGACAUGUCCUGCUUGGGUGCAGCCUCUCUGGCUGGCCUUGCUGUUGGGUUUUGGGCAGACAAGGAGGAGCUACAGAAGCUGAGGCAAAGUGAGAUGGUUUUCAAGCCUCAGAGGAAGUGGCAGGAAUAUGAGGUGAAUAUGGAAAACUGGGUGAAAGCCGUGAAGCGCUCUAUGAAUUGGUAUAACAAGACGUAACCCCAAAGAGCUGAGGGAAACCUGCAGGCCGGGUGACAGGAUGUGCCGAUGGGAGAGGCUCAGUGAUCACCGUAGGACUGUGGCCAAGAGAAGAUGUGAAACAGCCUUACGAGCUAAGAGAAGAAGCCUGGCUCUUUAAAAAAGAAAACUCACAGAAAAUACUUCCUAUUUUUUAAAUCCAAAUCUUCAUGAAAGUUUUAGGCAGCAACACCUCAAGAUUGUGUCUUCUUUCUUCUAGUGUUUUCAGAAGGACAUUGUCCACUCCCAACUGCAUUUCAAUAGUUGUGGGUCCUCUCUUUUUAUACAGGGUCAGUGGCGCAUAGGUCAUAGUCAUUUACUCUAAUGGUUCAGGUCAGGCACCAUCACAUUGUUAAAAAUGAUGAAAUGUUUUCUUAAUUUAGAGUCAAGAGGGCUAUUUGAAAUUCACAUAGCUAAAAAGGAGGGGUACUUGAGAAAACGUCUUAUGUGUAAAGCCAUGGUGUUGUGUCACCUGGUAUGAGCUCUGACGGUACUCCUCAGCGGCCUCUUUAGUCCGAACGUUCCUGUGUUGUGCAUAGAGACGCUGCCUUAGUUCUUCCUUGCACAGCCAAACUCUGUUCUGUUUCGUUGUUUUUGUUAGGGUACAGAGUUUACAGCCCCAGGCUGGCUUGAAACUUGAGUUCUCCUGCCUCACCUCUCAGAUUCUGGGAUUAUAGGCAGGCACCAUCAUGCAUAGAUGGGCACUCAGCAUCCAUUGGGAAACACAUCCUAGUUAGCGGACUGAAGAGGCCAUGGAGGCUAAUGGUGGCUGAGGCUGGGGGAACGUGAGCUUGGAGCCUAUCCAGACAGUGCAGGGAGUCCAGGCCAUCUGGGUGAUACAGUGACACCCUGUCUUUGAAAAUACUGUGUUCGAGAGACGAUCUCGCUGUCUAACCCAUGCUGGUUUCUAACACUCGAGCCCCCUGCUUUAGCCUUCAGAGUUCUGUGUAACAUUCUAUUUUUAUGAAAUGCAAGCAGUUCAUGUAAAUCUUUCUUUCUGGUUCUUUAUUUUUCUUGACUUGUUGAAAUGCUUGCAUAAAUGUCUCUUUUUAAAAAGUGCCUACUUGAAAGAGUUUACUUACUGUUAGUUUUUUUGGGGGGGGGGUUGGUUUUUUGUUUGUUUUUUGUUUUUGUCAACAGAAUCUCAUUAAGUAGCUCAGGCUAAACUAAAACUCCAGCUUCUCUUGACUUAGUCCGCCAAGGUGCCAGGAUUGUUGGAGUUUACUUUGCCAUCACAGUUAACUUUGAAGCACCCUAGGUUAUUGGUAACUUAAGAAUUGCCUUCAUGAGUUACCUGAUGUGGCUUUUGGUGUUUGUCCUACUCACCUCUGAGAGAUAACAGAGGCUGGUUGAUGAGGUGAUGGAAUGUGUGCUUGGUGACGAUUGCUGUAAACCAGUCAGCCACUGAGCGGCAGUGCCGCGUUAUGAAACUUCAUGGCUGGAAGCAGGUUGAGGAGUCAGUAGAGAGAAGCCUCAGACUGGGUAUAAAAUUGUCCUGAGGCACUUGACAGUACUCCAGCCUCCUUUACUAAACUCUCUUGCCCCUCCCUCCACGGGAGUGUGCAUGAACUUGCUGCCAUCUUGGUCAAUGUCACGUGAAAGUGCUACUGUUCUAGAACAAUCUAUUACAUAAUUAUGUCACUAAAGGAGCAACUGUUGGAGGGAAUGUUGCUGCUCCUAUCAUAUGCCCAUUUGGGAGUCAGUUAUUCUAGAAUAACAUGUACAUUGUGUUUCCUGCAAAUUAUUGGGCUCCCAGUGGCUUCCAUUGUUUUUCCAUUUUUUUUUUUUUGGUUCUUUUUUUUGGAGCUGGGGAUCGAACCCAGGGCCUUGCGCUUCCUAGGCAAGCGCUCUACCACUCACUGAGCUAAAUCCCCAACCCCGUCGCUUCCAUUGUUAAAAAAGUUUUUUAAUGGAAACAUAACAAACAUGUAGCUUUGUUAAUUCCAUUAACCUUUGGAGACAAGCCAACAAGGUGUCUCGGCAGGUAAAAGUGCUGUCAUAUAGACUUGCCAACCUGAGUUCAGUCCCCAGAAGGAACUUGUGUACAGGUAGAGGAAGAAAACUGACUCCAGAGUUUUCUUAGGACUUCCACAUGUGCAUGGUGCUGUGCACACAUCCUCCAUGGUAAUAGUACAAAAUCUAAAAGGUUUGGAAAUAUUUUUAUCAGAGGCAUAUUUGUUCACCUCAGCAAAUCAGAUCUUAGGUAGAAAAUACCGUUUUCUUUCUCUUAGACAGCGUUUAUACACAGCUCUGUGGCCAAUGCAGGCUUUCCCAUCAGUCAUGUGAAAGCUGCUUUAUGUGACUGUUUUUAUAGGUUCUGCUGAUAGGCAUGGUUUCCUAGGAAGUAAUUCUGUCCUUUUGUAUCGGGAGAGACUAAACUGUGAUGUUAGCUACUAAAGGUCUGUUUGCCAUUCCUUCCCUAUGCUCUUCCUAACUGACAGCUAUGAGUGAAGGAUAAAUACCCUUCAGAUACUGUGAAAAACAACUUAUGUCUCAUCUGAAUUGAAACAUCGUCGACUUUUUUUUCCUUUCUGGUUCUGGAAGCUAAUCUGCUUUUUUGGUAUUUCUGGCCAUAUCUUAAUGAUAGGGCUUAGUGAUUCUUGUAAUAGUUAAGUAAAAUCAGAAAUAUGUCAUUUGCUUUUGAGGUUGUAGGAACAGUUGUUAAUCAAAAACAGUUGUGCCUUCAUCUGCCUUUUGAAAAUAAUUUUUAAUAUGCUAAUAUUUCUUAGCAUGUUUUCUUUUCCCCUUAUAGACCUUCCCGUCAUUUUAAGAGGUCUCAUCAAACUCACUAAGAACAGUGUUCCUGUGAGGCCUGUCUUAGAGCGGUACUAACUGCAUUAUCUACAACCUACUGAUCUUCGAGUAUCUUGUAUUUAUCAGUGCUAUGGUUUCUCAGUGUCAGCACUGAUUUUUGUUUUGUUUUUGUGACAGGGUCUCAAUGUGUAGCCCUGGCUGUCCUGGAACUCACUAUGUAGACCAGGUUGUCUCCAUACUCACAGAACUCUGCCUGCCUCUGCCUCCUGAGUUUUGGGGUUAAAGGCCUGUGCCACACCAUACCUUGCAACAUUGACAUUUCAAACUGGAUCUGACUUGGCUGUGGGAUGCUAGGCUGCACAUGGGGAUGCUUGGCAGCAUCCCUGGCCUCCACUGGUGAGCGUCCCCCUGCGUUUUAUGGCCCCAAAUGCCUGCCAACAUUAACCAUCCUGGGAGGCAAAAAUCUUUGUCAUUUGAGAACCAGUGGUGGGAACUGUUAGAAUAAAAAUGAGGAUUUGGUGAAUAUAGUAGCAUUUCCAAUAUUCUGUGCAUUGUUUUCUCCUAGGAAAUGAAUUCUUAACAAUGGAAGAGUAGGUAAUAUCCUAAAGCGCGGUUUCUGUUUUGCUCGGUAAUUAAGAAAAAGAGUUGGCUGUUUAUGUCCCUUACCCAUCACCUCUGAAGAUGGAUCAAACCUACAGUCUUGAGCUUGAUAGGCAGCCAUUCUACUACUGAGUGAGGUACAUGCCCACCUCUAAGUCUCUCUAGUACUUAUGUACCUCAGCUCUACUCCUGUGUGUUCACAAUCAGUGGACAUCUGGCCUCAUGAUAGGACAGCUAUAUCCUGUAGAUCAUCAUUCCUGCCCCUGGUCUUCUGAGACAGGGUCUUGCUGGGCCUCAUGGCAGUGCUCCUGCCUCAGCCUCCUGGGUGCCGAGAUUACAGGUUUGAGUCCCAAGCCUGGCUUUGCUUCAGUUUUUAUCUCUGAACAAGGAAAGGACCACUGUCCAAACCUUCACUAGAUCUGAUGCUUCCUGAAGCCAAAGCCAUGUUUGCCAGAACUUCAACACUGUGCCUUCUUGCCCGUGGAUGGAUUUUUACUUCACAUUUAUCUUCGAUCUUACAUUUAUUGAUAGUACCUUCUACUUGUCCAAAAGGAAGAUAUUUGCAGCUAGAGGCAUGGUGUUUAUUGUAAAAAAAAAAAGUCACGUUUGUGUAUUUUCAGAUAUAUUUUUGUAGAGUUCUACAUCCACAGAUACACAUGGGUAGAGCAGCUUCAUUUUGCUGGUCUGGGAACUCACCCUAGAGUCUGGAGCAUGCUAAACAUGCCCCGUUACUUUUAACUUUUUAAGGUAUACUUGAAACUUUCAUCCACAGAUUUUCUUAUAUAUUAGACUGCAGCUAGCUAGCCUUGUAUUUAAAGAGGGCCCAACACUCCGGUGCUAUAGAAGAAACCUCAGAAGUAGCCCCUUAAAUAAGCCUAACACCUAUACUGGGGACCAGUGUUUUUGUUUUGUUUGUGUGUGUGUGUGUGUUUUGUCUUUUAAGGUUUUUUGUUUUGUUUUGUUUUGUUUUUUUGAGACGGUGUCUCACUUAUGUAGCUCUGACUCUCCCUCCCGAGUGCUGGUAUUAAAGAUCUGUCAGAGCCACUGUGCCUCCAUUUGGGCACUGCUUAUCAACGUAAACUAGUACAGCUCAAGGCUGGCAAGACUUUUCAGUUCUUUGAGGAGAAAUAAUUUUGAGUCUACGGUCACCCAAAAAGAAGGCUCAGACCAACUCGAGGGAUGCUGAAUCCUUUUAGAAGUUUAGAUUGUGCUUUUUCAGGUAAUGGUAAGAAGUUUCAGGCACACCCCUGAAUCUUUAAGAUUCCCCUGAUUGGGAAUCCAAAGCCUGGAAGCGGCUUCAGAAUUAGACCAUUCUGAAGUCCCGUGAUCCUAGUCUCACAGCCUCUCUGCCCUCUGUUUCCCACAUAUGCAGAUAGCCAUUGGGAUCGCUUAGGGAAAACUGAUGUGGGAGCUCAAAUGGUUGGUAGAUGGGUGAUGGUGCUUGUAUAGUGUGCCCAGUGCCCUAGGUUUGGUCCCCAGAGGUACAAGAUGGAAAGGGACCGAGCCUCCACAGAGAGCGGCUGCUCCGUUUUAUGUCUGCCCUCCACCCGUGUGUGAGUGGCCCAGUCUCUGCUCUCUCACCAGCAUUUGAUGGUGUUGAUUAUUUCAUGUGCUUUUUGCAUCUGAUUGCCGUCCUCUUUUACAUCCCUGUUCAUGUCUUUGUCAGUUUGCCAAUUGGAUUGUUUACUAAAUGAGCCACAUCUUUUAAUAAAGUUUUAAACAUAAUAUCAGACUUCAGAAGUCAUUAAAUAGGAUUUUUUUCAAGUCAUUUAAGGCAAAAUUUUAUAGCAUCUUGAACUUUGUCUUACGAUGUGCCUAGCAGAAGGGCUUUUACUUCUGUGCUCAUUACACAGUGCGGGGCUCAUGCUGUGAAGAAAACUAAAACAAGGUGACUUUACUUAAGAUGUCCUGUAGUGUCUCCGGACACGUACUUUAUAGCAAUCAUCAUGUUUCUAACUCUGUGCAAUGGUAUGAUUUAUGUAAGGGUUCAGAAUGAUUUUAUGGAAAAUUAUCAAAGAUGGAUAAGUAUAGAUUUGAAUUCUCAUGUAUUAGUAAAUUUAUGAUCUUAUUUCUCUAUUAUUAUGUAUGUUAGUUUUAUUAAAGUUAUUGAGACUGUCAUAAACCAUUUUGUAGAUCUUUAAUAAAAUUAAAGAUGAAAUCAUCAAUAGAAA